AUGAAGAAAAUAAAAAAUCAUUGUGUCAGUCGAGUUGGUGGCAGUAAACCAAAAGUUGCAACUCCAGAAGUUGUUAACAAAAUUGAAGCUUUAAAAAGAGAAAAACACGAUAUGUUUGCUUGGGAAAUCAGAGAAAAAUUAAUUGACUCCAAAUUGUGUCCACCAUCGCUAUGCCCAAGUAUAAGUUCAAUCAAUCGUAUUCUUCGUAAGAGAGCUGCUGAACGCGCAGCUGAACGUUUAGCAACAGACAAUACUUUUCACAAAGGUAAACCGAAUCUAUCACAUUCACAAGUUAAUUACACAAAAGAUUUUUUUGUUAAAAAAGAACUCAGCUCUUUAUUUCCUGUAAAUAAUCAUUUAUAUAAAAAUUUAUAUUCAGAUAAAACAACAAAAAUUUAUCCUCAAAUUUACGAAAAUUUAAAAUACAUGCACAAUUGUUAUUAUCCUCAUCAAAAUAAUUGUAUAAACUGCAUGAACUAUAAUUUUGUAAAUGCUGGAAUUUGUGCUCCUCCGCUUUUGCCAAUAUCAGAGCUUCGAGGUGAAAUAAAUAAUGCACAAUCUAAGAUACGAGAUAUUUUUCAGAGGGAUCGCCAGAUUUCAAAGGACGAUUUACAAGAACGAAUAAAACAAGUGUAUAGUUGCGCAUGUUUGGAUUGCAUUGAAUUUAGAUCAGAAAAAGCUCUUAAGUUAACGCCUUUCUACAAAAACGAUUCUUUUUAUAACAUGUUUUCCGUACAAGAAUUUCAAGCUAAUACUAGUUUUCAAUUGGGAAUGAACGAACGAAAAAAAGCACGCGUUGCUUAUACUGGAAGUUGUUUCAAACAACUGGAGGAAACGUAUAAGUACUUUCAUUAUUCUAACCUUAAUAAAAAAGAUGAUCAGCAAAAAAGAAAUGAGACAAGAGUAUAUGCAAAUACCUAAUUCUAUUCCCGUGUAAGAACACAGACUAAAUACUAACUUAAAUUAAAUUAAAAUUUAACAACUUUUUAAAUGGAAUUUUAUUUUUUAUCAGAUGUGGUUUUUUAAAGAGACAAUCAAAAGAUACAAAGGAAAUUCAAAAGAUUCAAAGGGACAUUAAGAAAUAAUUCGAAAAUAUAUAAAAUGAAUUAAAUGAAUGAAUGAAUGAUAUUUUUACAUUACUACUCUAGUUUUCUUCUACUUGAAUGUGUCAGAAAAAAAAAAAAAAAGGAUAUGAAAAAAAAAAAAAAAAAGAAUAUGCCAAACAAUAUAUUUAAAAACUCCUGAAACUGAGAAGCUGCUUCUAAAAUUAAGUAAAUGUAAGAUGUUGGUUUUGCAACUAAGAACCUGCUCCUGAAAGUUAGAAACUGUUCCUGAUACUAAAAUGUGGCUAUAUUUAUCAUUAAAGUAUAAUUAACUUACUUGAACCUAAGUAUUAUUUCCAAAAUUAUGUCCGACUUGUUUUAUUUUAACAAAUAUUUUUUUAAUACCAAAAACACCUGAAUUGCUAUUAUAUCCAAUAUAUUUUUCAUUAA